AUGGCCUGAACUUUAAAAGUGAAAGUAGCUGCUAAGAUGUAUCGGGCCCUGCUGCUUGGUUUAGAGCAACAACUGGGAUCCCAGCACCCUGCUCAUCAAAACUAAGGGGGGGAAGGUUAUUUUGGCGUGUUAAAUCCCAGUGGCUCAGAAGGUGGGAGGCGGAGGGGGAUCAGGCCGGGAGCUCAGCCAGGAAUAGAAGGAGCGGGAUUGUAGCUGGAGACGAGGAAGCGCAGCAACUGGGCCGUUCAAGUGUCGCAGGGCAGAGAACAGCUGGAGGCUUGUGCUGGAAGGGGGGGAAGCCGCUUCCCAGCAGAGAGGCAACAAUUCCCUCCCCCGCCCCCCAGCUGAGAGCUGCGGCAGGGAAGCGACCGGGAGGGGCAGGGGGCUCCAGCACCAGCCAGGCUGCCCCUGGGAGAGGCUCGCCAUGGCCUCUGCGAAGGGGGAGCGCGCCGAGGAGCUCCCCCCCGACGGCACGUGCGAUGUCUGCGAGCCCGAUGAAGCCCAGAGCGCGGUGGGGGUGUGCGAGGAGUGCGGCUUCUCCUUCUGCCAGCCCCACGCCGAGGAGCACGGCCAGAAGUACGCGGCCCACCGCCUGCGGGGCCCUGCCUCGGGCCGCGAGGAGGCGGGGGAAGAGGCGCCCAAGCUGGAGCGGAAGAAGUGCGAGGAGCACGGGCAGGAGCUGAACCUGUACUGCAAGGAGCAUGAGAAGAUCAUCUGCGUGCUGUGCGCCGUCACCGGCACCCACCGGCAGCACCAGCUCAUCACCCUGGAUGAAGCCUACCAGGCCAUGAGGAAUAGAGAACCUGUUGACCUGAAGGUGGCCAUGCUGGAGAUGGUGGAAAGGUUAAAGUUCAAGUGUGCAGACCCUAAAGUGACUCGGAGUGAGAUGAAACUGUGUGUUCAGCAGGAGUUUGACACUGUACGGCGGCUGGUCUGUGAGGAGGAACGGAAAGCUCUACACCUAGUGGACCUCCAGGAAGCGGUGGCCACUGCUCAUGUGACAGAGGUGCUGGCAGAAAUCAACGUCCACAUGGCAAAGCUGAUGACUGAGAUGGCAGAGAUCAGAAGGCAGCUGAACACCUUCAAUGAAUUAGCCCUGCUCAAGCCUGAGAGCAACGAUGAGGAACCCAGAGCUAAUCCUUUCCCUCCUGCCUCUCCUUCCCGAGGGAACAGACGAUAUGAUGACAAGGACCCAUCGUCAGCUAACGGGCCCUGCUGAGACAAGACGGGUUUAGCUGCGUUGGAGACGUUACAGAAGGAUCCUCUCCACACAGACUCCAUGUGAUGAAGAGAAUGCAGGAAGAGGGUCUUAAGUCACGCAACUGCAGCACAAGCAGCAGCAACUGUUUCCUCCCUUUACUUUGCUGUGUCUUUGGAUCUCCUAGAUAAAAAUGGGAUCCUUCCCCACACCUAUCCUUUGGGAACACACUUACUGUCACGCCUAGUGACAUAUUUGCUGAUCCGCCUUUUCUUAAGAGGACAAAUGUCCUGCAAAGAUAUGACACUGGGCUUUGAAAAUGUGGAGCCAGUAAUUAAAAUGAAGAAUGUAGUACAGUAGAAAGUAGAAAUGAGCAUCUAAAAGCCACAGUGGUGUUUUUACUGAUGGGGGUUAUUGAGGACUUCAGUUUAAUAAUUCAGUGCAGCUAAGAUUAAUAAAUGAUAGGAGGUGGAAAUGGUCUUUCAGGAAGAAGGAUUGGAGUGGCAUGUUAACUGUUUAAUUCAGUGUGUUCUGAAAAAUGGUGCAUGAAACACUGUAUAAUGACUGGGCACGGUCCUAAGGUUUCUGAGCCUUGUAGGGGGGAGAAUGUGUAUCAUGAAUGACAUUUAUGCCUCAUGAGAGAGGCUAUCUGAGUACAAGCUAGAGAGUCACGGAUGCCAGCUCUGACAUUGGCUUCCCACAGGGCUUCCUGCAAGUCUCUUCAUCUCUCUAUCUUGGUCUCUUCACCUGUAGCAUGGCAUUGGCUCUCAUUUUCCAGGACAGAGGGCUGCCACAGGGAACUCCCAUAAAGUGCUCAUCUUCAGGUUUCCCACUUGUAGCAAAUCACAGCCCCUGAGUACUUGAUACAUUGCCAUUCCCUGCCACCCCUACUACCCUCUUUGCUCCACCUGUCUGUAAUGCCAGUGAAUUCCAGCCCUGUUAAUGAAAUGGCUUCAGGAGAUGUAGGGUAAGAAGUUAGAUAGGGGUCUGUGCAGCUCAGAGACCCAUUCUGCCACCAUGUACUACAGGUCAUUGGCCCAGAUCUACAAAGAGGCCUAGGUGCCUAAAUACUUAAUCAUUAGGCCAGAGAGAGAGAAAAAUGACAGUCAUCUGGUGGAUACGGUAUCCAACAGGGAGAUGGGAGACCCAGAGUCCAGUCCCCUGCUCCAGUGAACUUUUAACUUAUCCAAAGUGGAACAGCUUCAACAGAAGAGAUUACAGGUGCCUCUGCCCUCCCCAUUAGAAUAUCCCAUAGCUCAGUAAUUAGAGCACUCUCCCGAGAAGUGAUUGUCCCUGUUCAAAUCUUUUCUGCCCCUCAGGCCAAGAUGGAAAUUGAACCUGGCUCUCCCACAUCCCAUCUAACCAUUGAAUUUACAGUCAGGGAUGUGGGAUGUCAUAAUAUGCAUGCACAUGUUACCUUGGCCUUCUCAAACGUGUGCCCAUAUGUUCUCCAGGUACCUCUUGCACUAUCAUACAUUUAGUUUAUGCCACUCAGUUUGUUUAGUUUUGACUUAAAUACAAACAAACCAAUAAAACCUCUGCUUUCUUUUUCCCAUUUGAUCAUUAAUUAGUAUUGAAGAACUGGGCCAAAUUCACUACUGAUGUAAACCAAUCCAAUUCCAUUGAAGCCAGUGGCGUAAUCCUGCUUACAGUAGUUGUGAAUUGGGCUCUGUGAGUUCAAUGGUAUAGAUGGAAUUAAUGACUUCCUAAGGUGCAGUAUAAGUUGUCAGUUUCUAGACUAGCUUGAAAUUGAAUAUCAAGCUUUGGGAAACAGAUGGGUUACUCAUAGGUAUACAAAUAGCAACAUCAAUGGAAACAGGCGUGUGCAUAAGGGAAGCAACUGUGGCCCUGAAUCUCUAAACAACAGAAUCCAUCCAGUAAACAGGAUUGUCACAAAUCUCAGAAUUUCACAGGAUUUUUUUUUUAAAACAGCUCCCAUGGAGAGGUUUUUUUUCCUCCUCAGCAGCACAGGGUUUUGCAGGCUACACCAUUUAGAUAGAAUUCAAGAGGAAAAGAUAUUUUAAUCACUGAGUGAAACAAAUUUUUACUUCCUAACAUUAAAAAAAAAAUCACAAUUUGCAUAAAAAUGAAGACUAUCAUCCAGAAACCUGUUAUACAAAACUCAGUAAUCCAGACAGAAAGAGGCACUGCAAUAUAUUUUUGGAAAAGUUUUUGAUCUCUUUUGCAGUCUCAUGGGUCUAGGACACCUGGUAAAAACUUGAAGCAGGGAGAGCAUUAAAUACAGAGCAAUGGCUUGUACAGAAUGGCCCACGAUUUCUGUUUUAUGCAUCUGAUCAAUUUAAAUCCUGUGAUAUUUCCCAUGAUUGCUCCAGCAGCUUUCCAUAAGCUACACAGUGC